AUGAGCAGAAAUGAUGAGAAAAGCACUUUUUAAUCUUUUCGCACUUGCUUCCCUGUUCAAACAGUUGCAGGAUGGCUAUGACUGACUUGCUCAGCGCUGAGGAUAUCAAGAAGGCUGUGGGAGCCUUUUCAGCGGCUGAAUCUUUUAACUACAAAAAGUUUUUCGAGAUGGUAGGAUUGAAAAAGAAGAGCCCAGAAGAUGUGAAGAAGGUUUUCCAUAUUCUUGAUAAAGAUCAGAGCGGCUUCAUUGAAGAGGAAGAAUUGAAGUUUGUCCUGAAGGGCUUUACCCCAGAAGGAAGAGACCUAUCAGACAAAGAAACGAAGGCUCUUCUGGCUGCUGGAGAUAAGGAUGGUGAUGGUAAAAUUGGCGCUGAUGAAUUUGCAACUAUGGUGGCUGAAUCAUAA